CUUAUCCCGGGCGCGGGCGGCCGGAGUUCAGAGUGCGGGCCGCGGAGCGGGCAGCGCGGUCUCGGUAUGGGUCCGCGCGCUGGGCCUGCGCAGGCGAUGCCGCCCGGUCCUUCCUGACGCCUGACGCCGAGUGUCGCCGCCCCGAUGGCCGCCGAGCCCCCUGCGCUGCGCCUGCGGCCGCCGGGGAGCACCGGGGACAGCCCGCCAGUGCCGCGCCUGCUCGGAGGCUGCGUGCCGCUGUCGCAUCAGGUGGCUGGCCACAUGUACGGCAAGGACAAAGUGGGCAUACUCCAACACCCAGAUGGCACAGUUCUGAAACAGCUACAGCCGCCGCCCCGGGGCCCGAGAGAGCUGGAAUUUUAUACCAUGGUUUACGCUGCUGACUGUGCUGAUGCUGAUCUCCUGGAGCUGCGAAAACACCUGCCCAAGUACUACGGCGUCUGGUCCCCUCCCACCGCACCAAACGAUGUAUACCUAAAACUGGAAGAUGUGACUCAUAAGUUUAACAAGCCCUGUAUAAUGGAUGUGAAGAUAGGGCGGAAGAGCUAUGACCCCUUUGCCUCGUCGGAGAAAAUCCAGCAGCAGGUCAGCAAGUACCCUCUGAUGGAGGAGAUCGGGUUCCUGGUGCUCGGCAUGAGGGUUUAUCAUGUUCAUUCUGACAGCUAUGAGACACAAAACCAGCACUAUGGAAGAAGCUUAACAAAAGAGACGCUAAAGGAAGGUGUCUCCAAGUUUUUCCACAAUGGCUUCUGUCUAAGAAAAGACGCGGUUGCUGCCAGUAUUCAGAAGGUUGAGAAGAUUCUCCAAUGGUUUGAAAAUCAGAAGCAGCUUAACUUUUAUGCCAGCUCAUUACUGUUUGUUUAUGAAGGUUCAUCUCAGCCAGCUACUACAAAAUCAAACGAUAGAACUUUGGCGGGGAAGUUUCUCUCCAAAGGCCACCUGUCGGACGCAGACGUACUGGAGUGCAAUAACAACUUUCACCUGUUCAGCUCCCCGGCCAAUGGGACAUCAGUAGGCAAAAGCUUAUCCAAGGUGUACGCCAGGCACAGAAAGCUGUACUCAAAAAAGCACCACAGUCAGACUUCACUGAAAGUAGAAACUCUGGAGCAAGACAACGGGUGGAAAAGCAUGUCCCAGGAACACCUAAACGGAAACGUACUCUCCCAACUGGAAAAGGUGUUCUAUCACCUUCCCGCCGCAGGGCGCCAGGAGAUCACAGAUGUGGAAGUGCGGAUGAUAGACUUCGCCCACGUGUUCCCUAGCAACACAGUCGAUGAGGGGUAUGUUUACGGUCUGAAGCAUCUAGUUGCCGUCCUUCGGAGUAUUUUAGACAGUUGAGUCUCACUGCAGUCUGUGAAGGAGCGGGCCGAUCACCGUGGAGAGCCACAGGCAUCAGCUGGGCCCCUGUAACGAUGCUCUGUAAAAAGUUUGUAUUGUGAGUCAACGUUUUAUUUGUCUUUAUACUUUUGGUAGAAGGUUAACUUUUUUAUAUUCUUACUCAGGAAUACUAAUUUGUUCAUUAGAAAACUAUGAAGAAUAAAGAAACAGGAAUGUCGAGCAGGGAAUGUGUGACAGGGAGUAAAUAGCUGUAACACCGUUUGCAAACCAUUACUCAGCCAUUCAGAGUUCAUGUAGCUUUCUGUAGCCAGUCACCAUGGAAUCUCUGUCCACUCAACCUUGCCGGUGAGCUGUCUCUAAACUAUGACAUCGCCAGACCACCUUAAGAUCUAGAAAGUGCAGGUUGUGUUCAUCAGGACCAGUGUGCCCGAGCUCCCUAAAACUGGAGAACAUUUGACACGGAGAUGAGGUUGUGUGGGCUCCACGUUAAAAGCAGAGAGCAAGUGGUGGCUCACGCCUUUAAUCCCAGCACUCGGGAGGCAGAGGCAGAUGGAUCUCUGUGAGUUCGAGGCCAGCCUG